UUUUCCACUCACCAUUGCUGCGCUGGGAGCCGGAGUGGUGUGAGAGCGGUAGAGUGCCCUAACAGCGAGUGAGAUACCGCGUGGGGCGGGCCCUUUACCUGCCCCUCACAAUAAAACUCGCUGAGAGGAUGUCUCCCGGGCUGGGAGCUGGGCUACAACAGAGAGGGGAGUCCUUAUUUGCACCAGUUCUCUCUGUUUACAUCUCGCUUCGACUCUGACAGCAGCCGGUCAGCGCAAUGGCAGGAGUGGCCAAUACGAAGUCGAUAGUGUUGGGAGUUCUGGGGGUCGUCUUUGUGGUAGUUGGUACUGUCCUGGUGUUCCUGGUACCUAUAAUGAUGGAUCAGCAAGUAGAGAAGAAUGUCCGCAUUGAUCCGUCCAGUGGGUUUGCGUAUGAGAUGUGGCGAGACCUACCUGUUCCAUUCUACAUGUCCAUCUACGUUUUUGAAGUUGUUAACCAUAAGGAAGUGUUAUUAGGAGAGAAGCCACUAUUAGAAGAACGUGGACCUUAUGUGUACAGGGAGUACAAGAAAAAGGAAAACAUCACCUUUAAUGAAAAUGGAACCGUUUCAUUCGUGGAGUUUCGUACCUUACAUUUUGAUCCUGAGAGGUCUAACGGCAAAGAGGAGGAUCAUGUUGUAGUGCCAAAUAUUCUGGUUUUGGGCUCAUCCAUCAUGUUAGAGGAUUUGGGGAUACCAAUAAAAUGGAUCAUCAGUGGAGCAUUUUCCGCUUUCAAUGAGGAAGCUUUUAUUAAUCGAACAGUGAAGGAUAUAUUGUGGGGCUAUGAAAACCCAUUCUUGGAUUUCCUAAACACAAUUCUACCUGGAAAACUUCCCUUCAAGGGAAAGUUUGGCUUUUUUUCAGAUUUUAAUAACUCUAAUUCAGGAGUUUUUACUAUCAACACUGGGAUGGAAGAUAUCAGCCAAGUCCAAAUGAUAGACAGCUGGAAUGGGCUUGAACAGGUUGAUUAUUGGAAUUCAAAUCAAACAAAUAUGAUCAAUGGAACAGCAGGUCAAAUGUGGCCUCCUUUCAGAAAACCCUCAGAGCCUUUAGAAUUUUAUAGUCCAGAUGCUUGCCGGUCAAUGAAACUGGUAUAUGAAAAGGAAGAAACAUUUAGAGGUAUACCAACUUUUCGAUACACUGCCCCCAAUUACCUGUUUGCCAAUGGAACGGACUACCCACCCAAUGAAGGAUUCUGCCCCUGUGUGGCUUCCGGAGUUCAGAAUGUCAGCUCUUGUCGUUUCAAUGCCCCAGUGUUUAUAUCAUUCCCUCAUUUCUACAACGCAGAUCCCAGCUUCUUGGAGUCUGUGGAUGGAUUGCACCCAACUGAAGAGCUGCAUUCACUUUUCCUAGACAUGCAUCCACUGACUGGAAUCCCAAUGAACUGUUCCAUUAAAAUGCAGCUCAACAUGCUGACCAAAUCUGUGUCUGGCAUAGUGCAAACUGGAAAGAUUAAACCUGUGAUUCUUCCAGUGCUGUGGUUUGCAGAGAGCGGGUACCUUGAUGGGCCAGUGUACUACACUUACUACAACAUCCUGAUCCUCAUGCCCGUCCUACUUGAUUACCUACAAUAUGUGCUCAUUGGCAUUGGUCUCUUUUUUAUCGUGGUUGCACUGGUUCUUCCCUUUUUUAAACAGUGUCGAAAGCAAGAGCAAGUGCUUAAUGACACAAGUGGAACUGAUGACGCAACUGAAUAUUCUGAGGAUUCAAAGCUUCUACAGGAUCAGGAUUACGCACCACCUCAAACUUGACAUUUGACUGUUUUCUAAACUUUCCCGGAGGAUUGAUAACACCCUACAGGGAUUGUUUAGGAGUUUAUCUAAUCACUACAAAGCUAUCUUGCAAGUUACGGAUCACUGGGAUAGCAUUCAUGGAAAUGUCAGUCCCUUCAUCUUGGAAAAAACAGCUUGAGCUUUGUCAGCUAACCUCCAUCUUUGUGCCUUGUGUGCUAAGUGGGCUAAGGGAAGCAUGAAGAAAGUCAUGGCAAAUACUAUAAUAUGGUGAUGGUGGCAUUUAAGCAACCCACUUAAUUAUGAAUCAUCUAAUCACUAAAGAAAUCAUAAAUCAAAGCCGUUUUCUAUCAGGAUUCAGUUGAUUGUUACAUUUGUGUCAUUAUUGUAUUAGCUGCCAGUCUAAUUCUAAGCAGCAAUAAUUGACUCUUGGAUAUAAUAGCACUUCAAACCUAGUUUUACCACAAAGCAAAUUAUUUAAUUACACAAAUGAGUUAAAGUCCUAUUGCAUCAAGUAGCUUAAGUCUCUCGACUCCAGAGAAGGUGCAGGAUAGGAUGUGGAUGGGUAAGACAAUUGGGCUGCCAUCUGCUUUGCUUGUAUCUUCCCAUUAUCAUAAAUGUAUAGCUGCCUUAUUAUGUUGCAAAAAAAAAAGCCUUUAACUAGGCUAUUUGUGUCAGUUUAAAUGUAUGUAUGAUGGGUUGCAAUUCAGUGAGAUGUUUCAGUGACAGUGUUAUGGUAUGUCCUUGCUUGUUCUAUGUAGAAUGGAAAGUGCCUGCAGCACUAAUUCUGUUGCCUCCUCUUUCUGAGCUGUGUGGGUUAAACAACCAAUGUCUGUCUGUCUAAAGCCAAAGCAGUUGUCUUAUCACUGUAUUACCCAGUGACGGUUCUGAUCCGGUUAUUAGUUCGAGGGUGACCGUAACCAAAGUGAAUUUGUAGUUGUAUCAACUGCAGCUGCACAUAACAUAUUACAAGUGUUGUAGUUAAGACUUAUCACAUUCUGCUGGUAGCCUAAACGACUAAUAGACUGAACAUAUAUUUAUGAAUCCUAUAAUGUGUCAAUACCUUGUAAAUGUAACCCUAAAUACAAUACCAAAGUCAUCAAACCCAGAGAUGGCAAUUUUUGGCACUAUACUAAUGUAAAUCUUAUGUGUGGAGAUACAGUAUAAACGAGAGCUCAGCAAGUUCAGGGCACACAAAAAAGCGCCUUAUU